AAUGGCUAGUAUUUUGAAUUGAAAGAAGAUUUAAACCAAUUGGCAUUUCUUUCCUGAAGAACGGUCAAAUAUGAAGGUUACAAAAAAAUAUGAAGGUUACAAAAACCUUUACGUAUAACACAUUUUCUAGAAUUUAAUUUGGAAUUAGGAGAGAAAGAGGAAAAAAAAGACACCCAUUCACAAAACUCAUAAUGGAGGAAGAGAGUUCGGUAAAGCUACAUGGAAUGUGGGCAAGUCCUUAUGUUUUGAGAGCUAAACUUGCCCUUAAUAUUAAGGGCAUAGAUUUUGAAUACAUAGAAGAGGAUUUAGCAAACAAAAGUGAGUUGGUGUUGCAACACAACCCUGUGCAUAAGAAAGUGCCUAUUCUUGUGCACAAUGGUCUACCCGUUGUGGAAUCAACAAUCAUCCUCGAGUAUAUUGAUGAGACUUGGCCUGAUCCCCCGCAUCUCCUCCCUAAGGAUCCUUACCUUAGGGCCAAACAUCGAUUUUGGGCUGCGUACUUACAACAGGUAAUGGAUAUAUUAAGCAAACCAGUGAUAACAAGAAGUAAACCUACAGAGGAUGAGAAGAACGAGUACUGGAAGAAGAUGGAUAUGGCCGAAGAAUUCAUCAAGGCUGAUUUAUUCCCAAAUGGCUGCCCAUCUUUCCAAGAUGCGAAACCCGGAUACUUGGACAUUGUUUUGUAUUCCUUCUUAGGAACCUUCGACGUUGUUGAGGAGUUCUAUGGCUUUAAGCAUCUCACUGCAGAAAGGUAUCCGUUCUUGGCGUCUUGGACCAAGGCACUCAGUGAAGUUCCUCAAGUUAAAGACGCGACUCCAUCAAGGGUUAAGCUCAUUGAGAUUCUUCACGAGCAUUAUCAAGUUAAGUGAUUGAUAUAAAACUAUUAUUCAUUAAGGGUCUAAUUGAAUCUGAAAUGAUAGAAUCUGAGCUGAACUGAAUAGAGGUGAAUUGAGUUGCUUACUCCCUUCGUGUUUUAAUAAGUGUCACACUUAUUAAAUCCGGCCGUAUUUUAAUAAGUGUUACACUUUCUUUUUUUUUGGCAAAAAACUACAAUAAAAUAUCAUAUCUCUCUUCUCUCAUGGUCUCCAUCAAACCCGCUACUACUUUUUUAUUUUUUUUAUUUUUAUUAUAUCUUUCCUCUCACAUUCAUUACUUUUCAAUAAACUACUAACCCCACUUACUUCUUAUUUUAUUUAAGUCAAUUAAAUUGUCUAAAACUAUAUACCGGUUAAAGUGUAACAUUUAAAAAACACGAAUGGAGUACGUAUGGAAAAAAGAAAUUAGAAACUGAAUUGAUUGAAGCUGAACUAAAAAUAAGCUAAUAGAACAGACCCUAAAUAAGGAUUAAUUAGUGAAUUUAUAA